AUUCUUACAGAUCUGCCCAGGAAGUGGUAAACAGGGCGAGAGUGUAGAACGAAAAACAUCGUAACAAACGGCAGGAAAGUUGUGAAAUUGUGUCUUUCAAGAGUUGUAUGUGUCAACGACGUCUAUGAUCUUCAGUUUCUGUUGAAAUAGUCCAUGGGAAAUACAUUUGAUCGAUAAGAUACGUUUCACCGACCAAAGAUGGGUAGAAAUGGCGGGGUUUGUUUUAUUUUUUAGCCUUCCUGCUAGGCAGACAAGUUUUUAAGCGAACGUGUCAGCAGGUAGAAAACUGAAGCAAUAAUUAUUCAACCCCGAUCACAUUGGUACAAAAUAAAGUUGUUGGACGAGUAGGCUAUUGCAACAAUAUUUUUUAUUUAAGUGUUUACUUGUUUUUCUCUCAACUGCCUCCUGGGUCCUACGAACAUGACGCCCGACCUCCUUAACUUCAAGAAGGGAUGGAUGUCAAAAUUGGAUGAGAAUGGAGAGUGGAAGAAGCACUGGUUUGUGUUGACCGAUGCUGGUCUGAGGUACUACAGAGACUCUGGGGCGGAGGAGAAGGAUGAUCUGGACGGGGAGGUUGACCUGAAGUCUUGUGUAAAAGUGUCUGAGUUUGAUGUAGAGAAGAACUAUGGAUUUCAAAUACAGACGAGGGAGGCAGUUGUCACACUGUCAGCUAUGACUGCAGGGAUCAGGAGGAACUGGAUUGAGGUUCUGAGGAAGAGUGUUCGGCCCAGCAGCUCUCCAGACCUUACACAACUGCCCGAGGGUAGUAGUGACAAGGAGAACUCUCGCUCCUUGGCCUCCACUCAUAGACCACCUUCUCGCCACGGUGAUGCCGGAUCAGAAAUCACCACCUCCUCUGUACGCCGAUUUGACUGUGUUGAGCUGUCACCAGUGCCCGUCCCCUCCAGCCCUCUGCCAGCCACUCAGAGAGAGGCAGGAGAGGGGCAGGGCAGGGAGCACGCCCAAUGGCAGGAGGAGAGGAGCAGAGAUGUGACCAGUAGCACAUGGGAGCAGGUGCUGUCGAGGAAAGGGCCGGGUGUAGGCUCAGACCCCAGGAUAAGAGCAGAGGAGGAAAUUGAGAAAAAGUGGGCAGAGUUUGAGCGGCUGCCACUAAAGGAGAUGAGGUCACUACUGCCAAUGGGCUCACGGUCCAGCCAUCCAGCCAAUGAGGCGCUGCAGAGGGAGGUAGUGGCGUCUCUGAGGCAGCAGCUGGAGCGUUUGCAGGGAGGAGGGUGUGGUGGUGGGGGGAGGGUGGGGGGAGGUAGCUGUGGUCGGGAGGCAACGUGCGGCCGCAGCCUUCAGGCCAUGGAGCGGGCCCACAAACAGGUCCUGGAGGAGCUGCAGAAGCAGCAUGCCCGCGAGACCCGUGAGCUGGAGAGGGACAGGGACCGGGUGCUGAGGGAGGAGACCCAGGACACAGCACAAGUUAUGGAGACACUGAAGAAGGCCCACAAGGAGGAGCUGGAGAGAGAGGUGGAGAAGGCAAAGAGGCUUGGUGGAGGGAGUGCCAACACACAGACCCUACGCACACAGCAGCAGUUAGAGACCCAGGCCCUGCAGAGGGAGCUGUCUGGCCUGUCUGAGAGGUACUCCCAGAAGUGUCUGGAGCUGAACAGGGCUGAGCAGAGCAACGGGGAGAGGGAGAAAGACAUUACUCGCAAGGAGAGCGAGCUGGAGCAGCUGAGGAAAGAGAACCAGGACCUACAGGCCCGUUUGACAGAGGAGAUCAGCCGCAUGCGCUCCAUCGUCACGGGCCAGGGGUCGGAGGGCGUUUCCCAUAACAACCAGGACAGGCCGUCCUGUGAGCUGGAGGUUCUUCUCAGGGUGAAGGAGAAUGAGGUGCAGUACUUGCACAAGGAGAUCAGCUGUCUGAGGAACGAACUUCAGUUCCUGAACACGGAGAAGCAGUCGGCCUGUGAGCGUUAUAAAGAGGUGCACGGGGAGCUGAGUGGUAUGAAGCGCAGGAGCGAGCGGGAGAUCCAGAGCCUUAGGGAGCACCUGAGAUUGGCCAUGGUUGCCCUGCAGGAGGGCCAGAAACUAGGCAACAGCCUGGAACACUGAGACACUGCCUCAAGGGCUCUGCUCAGAGACACAGAGAGUUGUGUGGGCACAAUGGUGACUGAAAUAGGAGAGGAGCAGAAGUCUUCGCACCAGAAGAUGCCGGCUCGGGGGACCACGAUAGUGCCUUAGCUUUCAAUCAUUCAGCCGAUGAGCGGCAUAGACUAGUAUCAGCUGAUCGGUCAUAUUACACUGGGUUGAACAAAUUUUAAUCUGCACUUUUUAAACUUUUUCUGUUGUUGAUGUGCGAGAGUGAGUGAAUGAAAAUAUUGGUCUGAGAAACUGGAUUAUUUGUGUAAAGACUGUUGCUGUGAUGUAUUUGUGACCUGAAACAGCACUGGAUUACCUUUCUCUGCAUACCUAGCUACAUGUAGACCUACUAUUUACAUGUUGACAGUAGCCAACAUAUAAACAGUUGGUCUACAUGUUGGCUACUGUCAAAAGCUGAAUAAGGAAGCAGGAUAUAAUUCUCGCCAAAAACAAAACUAUUUUCAUUUGAGCGUGGAUUUGUACAGACUGAGUCAUUCCAUGCCAUUUCAGCAAGCCAUGAAACCCACCAUCUCAAGAUUGUUCCAAAAUAGUUUCUGUAAUUGGCAACGGGAAAGAUUGACAUUCCUGAAACAUUAUUUUGUUGAAACUUAAUUUGAUCUCUGAGAAAGGUAAGUGAUUGCACCCAAAUUGGCAUUUCUUUUUUUAUUUAUAGGAUUCAAGGAUUCACAUAAUAUUCAAUAAAUAUAGUUCCCAUCAUCCGAUUUGGACCAAACUUCUUCCUACUAAUGAGUAAGACAUGAGGAAUCUAAUAACAUUGUCAAAAGCCACCCGCAGACUCACCACACAACACAUCACAUGCCAAUCCAACCCCAACAACCAGUAGACCAUAUCAGUUCUCUAUGUUUUAACAAGUAGUAUGAAGUUGCUGCUUGGAGUACUGCUUCUCCAUACUAUGUAAUGUAUUCCCUAUGAAUCUGGUGAUGUUUUUUUUCUUCUUAUUCCCUCCCCUGUUCAGAGAAAUUAGUCAUUGAAGUUACUUGCAUUAUUUACCAUAAAGUAGUGUGAAAGUACUAGGUUUUGACCACUAGAUGCCGUGGUCCUGCUAUACUGCCGCACUCAUCAAUUUUUCUGGUCUCUUGUGUUUAUUGAAUAGAUCACAACAUUUCCAUUGUAAACACAACCAAUAGAUUUGGCUCAUUAUGAAAAUACAUUGUGUGGUCAUCCUCGAUUUCAAGCCAGUCCUCUAUGAAAGCAAUUGAGUUUGUCAUUUUAUGCUUAAUAUGUGUCCAGGAAACUGCCCCCUUGUGUGAGGUUUAUUCCCUUCAAAAAAGGUCUGGAUUAGUUCCUGUUAGACCAUGCUGUUUCCUAAUAAUUUUAUUGAAAAACAUGACUGCAAUUUUUUUUUAGGGUUGUCACAUUUUAGUCCCUAGCCCAUUUCUCCAUCAAAGUUUUGGACUUGUAGAAAAAGUAUUCAUAUGAGAAUUGCACCAUAGGGAUAGCUCUCUCAGAAAGCUGCCACUUAUUGGAAUAUUCAAGGAAAUUGUUGAACAUAACUGAAACUAUACUAGAUAUUGGAGUGAUAUUGGCAUUUUUUGGGGCCUUACUCAUUGGUAGGAAGAAGUUAAGUCCAAUUUGGGCACAAUCAAUUAGCUUAAUUUAUGAGAUCAAAUUAUAUAUAAACAAAAGAAUGUUUCAGGAAUGCUAAUCGUAUCUCUUACAAAUAACUACAUAAACAAUUUUAGGACCGUUUGAGACGGUGGGUUUCAAGCCUUUUUCUUGUGCUUUUUGAGGUGGAACUACGUUAAUGUAUAUCAACAACGGUUGCUCGGUGAUUGUCAUUGUACGCAUUUUACUUCGCAAACCUAUUUGUAUCUUUAUUCAGUGUACUAUAUCAUCUUAUAAUGUGGGUCUCCAUUGUGAAGUUAAACUUUAUAACAAUUUACCAUUGGGAUUGAUACAGAGAAAGUGGUUUGGUACUGUAAAUUCCUGGGAAGCCAACUUGGAAAUCACUCAUUCCUCUGUGUAGAUACAAGCCAUUUGAAUGUGUGCUUUCUGUUUCAUAUAGUGCCUUCUGUGACUGGAGAAUUGCAUGUAGAAGUUCGAUGAAAUGUCGUCUUGCAAGGAUUUUUGAUGAGACUAAGAAGAUGCAUGUUGCGAUCCUUUCCCAACCUCCGAACAUUGUGUAGGCAUGAUUGUUUGUGCCACAAAAUGUCUAGUGUUGCGUCAAUGAGCCAAUGUUUUUUUUUGUAUCAUGUAUUUUGUGAGGAGAUGAUAAAGUAGACAACUGUCUUUUGACAAGUGUUUUUAAUAUUUAAUGUAGGGCAUGUGAUAUCUUUGUAAAGUACCCUCGUUUUACAAGCAAUAAAAUGCAUGUUUAUACA